AUGUCGCAAUCACUUCGACCGUAUCUCCAGGCUGUCCGCAGCAGUCUGACCGCCGCCCUCUGCUUGUCCAACUUCGCGUCCCAAACCGCCGAAAGACACAAUGUUCCCGAAGUCGAGGCCCGAACAUCACCUGAGGUUCUCUUGACGCCCCUGACGAUUGCGCGCAACGACAACGAGCGGGUGCUCAUUGAGCCCAGCAUCAACAGUAUUCGUAUCAGCAUCAAGAUCAAGCAGGCCGACGAAAUUGAACACAUUCUUGUCCACAAGUUUACAAGAUUCUUGACGCAACGCGCCGAGUCAUUCUUCAUUUUGAGGAGGAAGCCCAUCAAGGGCUAUGACAUUUCAUUUUUGAUAACCAACUUCCACACGGAGGAAAUGCUCAAGCACAAGCUGGUUGAUUUCAUCAUCCAGUUUAUGGAGGAGGUUGACAAAGAGAUUUCAGAGAUGAAGCUGUUUUUGAAUGCGCGGGCUCGUUUCGUAGCGGAAUCUUUCCUCACUCCAUUCGACUGA